UUGAAAUAACAUUUUAUCAAUCUUUAUCAUUAAUUAAAUCAAAUAUAAAUAAUUGGAUAACUAGUAGCAGUCUUAAAUGUCGAAGGAAUUGAUUGGAAUCAUGAUAGUAAAACUACUCGUGCUUUGCCUGGUGGGUGUUGCCUACGCUAGGCCACAAUGGGACUGCCCAUAUGGCAGCCAAACCCUAUUGCCUCACGAGAGCAGCUGCAACAAGUUUUAUAUAUGUGUUGGCGGGAGAAUGCAAGAAGCUCAGUGCCCUCUCAGCAGUCACUUCUCCGUCAAACUUCAGGGAUGUACAGAGGCAGUUUUGGCUGAAUGUCAAAUUGAAUCAAAUAACCAGCCAGACGUCUUCCCAAACGGAUGUCCCAAGGAUUAUAGAAUAGAGAAGCUUUUCGCUCACCCACAAUGUGAUAAAUUCUACCAAUGCGUGCAUGGAGAUUACCAGGAAAUGCCAUGUGCACCUGGCACGGAGUUUAGCUACAAAUUGCAGAAAUGCACAUGGCCCCACAAAGCUGACUGUGCUGGUGGAGAUAAUGGUGAUAGUGAGGACGAUGGUGUAGAUGGUGGAGACAGCGGUGAUGGAGGCAACGGUGGUGAUGGAGGCAAUGGUGGAGACGGUGGUGAUGGAGGAAAUGGUGGUGAUGGAGGCAAUGGUGGCGACGGCGGUGACGGAGGAGACGGUGGAGAUGGCGGUGACGGAGGAAACGGUGGAGACGGUGGUGACGGAGGAAACGGUGGAGACGGUGGCGAUGGAGGCAAUGGUGGAGACGGCGGUGAUGGAGGCAAUGGUGGAGACGGCGGUGAUGGAGGAAACGGUGGUGAUGGAGGCAAUGGUGGCGACGGCGGUGACGGAGGAAACGGCGGAGAUGGUGGCGAUGGAGGAAACGGUGGAGAUGGCGGUGAUGGAGGAAACGGUGGAGACGGAGGAAACGGUGGAGAUGGCGGAAAUGGUGGAGACGGUGGUGAUGGAGGCAAUGGUGGAGACGGAGGAAACGGUGGAGGCAACGGUGGAGACGGCGGAAAUGGUGGAGACGGUGGAAAUGGUGGUAAUGGAGGAAACGGCGGCGGAGACGGUGGAAACGGUGGAGACGGUGGUAAUGGAGGAAACGGCGGUGGAGAUGGUGGAAACGGUGGAAACGGAGGAGACGGUGGUGAUGCAGGAAAUGGCGGAGACGGUGGAAAUGGUGGUAAUGGAGGAAACGGCGGCGGGGACGGUGGAGACGGUGGAGACGGUGGUAAUGGAGGAAACGGCGGUGGAGAUGGUGGAAACGGUGGAAACGGUGGAAACGGAGGAGACGGUGGCGAUGCAGGAAACGGCGGUGGAGAUGGUGGAAACGGAGGAGACGGUGGAAAUGGUGGUAAUGGAGGAAACGGCGGCGGGGACGGUGGAGACGGUGGAGACGGUGGUAAUGGAGGAAACGGCGGUGGAGAUGGUGGAAACGAUGGAAACGGUGGAAACGGAGGAGACGGUGGUGAUGCAGGAAAUGGCGGAGACGGUGGAAAUGGUGGUAAUGGAGGAAACGGCGGCGGGGACGGUGGAGACGGUGGAGACGGUGGUAAUGGAGGAAACGGCGGUGGAGAUGGUGGAAACGGUGGAAACGGUGGAAACGGAGGAGACGGUGGCGAUGCAGGAAACGGCGGUGGAGAUGGUGGAAACGGUGGAAACGGAGGAGACGGUGGUGAUGCAGGAAAUGGUGGAAACGGUGGAGACGGUGGUGAUGCAGGAAAUGGUGGAGACGGUGGAAAUGGUGGUAAUGGAGGAAACGGCGGCGGAGACGGUGGAAAUGGUGGAGACGGUGGUAAUGGAGGAAACGGCGGCGGAGACGGUGGAGACGGUGGUAAUGGAGGAAACGGCGGUGGAGAUGGUGGAAACGGUGGAAACGGAGGAGACGGUGGUGAUGCAGGAAAUGGUGGUAAUGGAGGAAACGGUGGAAACGGUGGAGACGGUGGUAAUGGAGGAAACAGCGGUGGAGAUGGUGGAAACGGUGGAAAUGGUGGUAAUGGAGGUAAUGGCGGCGGUAAUGGUGGCAAUGGCGGAAAUGGAGGUAACGGUGGUAACGGAAGUGGUAAUGGUGGCAAUGGCGGCAACGGUGGAAAUGGAGGAAAUGGAGGUAAUAGUGGUAAAUAAUAAAGAUUGUACAGGCAUUGAAAUAAAAUAACUAUUACAUUG